UUUCACUCGAAUUCAAAGCACGGCACAGUUUUGGUCCUUCAAGAACUGAUUCCGGUAUCAACUGCCGUCUACUACUCUUCGCCAUGAAGGUCUUUUCAUCGACAUGCACUUUCGACUAUUCAUGGGAAGAGGUCUCAACCGCAAAUUGGCGCAAGUACUGCCCUUGGAAUGACAAGUCUACACAUGUCGUGGCAGUAGACACUCUCUCCAGAAACGUGGAUCUGAACACUGGUAUAUUGCGCACCGAGCGUUUGAUCACCUGUAUCCAGUCCGUGCCACAAUGGGUACUUUCGCUAUUUGGCGGCAGCGCCACGUCUCAUGUGUACGAAGUGUCCUAUGUUGACCCAGCCACUAAAAGGGUCACGAUGUGCUCGACAAAUCUCACGUGGUCAAAUGUUCUCAGUGUUAGAGAAAUUGUCGUCUAUCAGCCAUCAUUGUCAGAUCCGACCUCUAGUACACAAUUCAGCCAAGAAGCGAAAAUCACCGCUCUUUGUGGCGGGUGGCAGAAGAUCAAGAAUAAAGUCGAAGAGGCGAGUGUGGAAAGAUUCAGUCAAAACGCCAAAAGAGGUCGAGAGGGUUUCGAAGCCGUCUUGGAGAUGAGUCGACGAGUCUUCAGUGAACAACGCGAGCAUGACAGCAACAGACUUCAAUCUUGAUGCUCAUCUCGGCCUUGACACUAAGUCUAAUAGCACAUCUAGUUUCUGUUUCUUUUUCUAGCGUUUGCAUACAUGUGGCGUCAAUUCGAGUUCUCCUCAGUGACUGAUUCUAGGGAGUCCUCUUAACUUCCUACCUUUUUCUUUUCUCUGGACCGGCUUCUCCUGACGGUA